GAAAAAAACCGCCUUCAUUUUAAAUAUGGACGACAUGUAAACACGGUGACGUCUCGUCGCUGCUAACGAGGCUGAGAUCUUCUGGUUCUUCUGCAGUUUAUCGGUCUCAGUGACUGUUUCUGUCCGAGUUCGUCUCCUCGUGUUCCCGCAGAAAUCCUCCGCUUCAGGAGACUUUGAGAGAUGCCACCAAAGAAAAAGGCCAGAGUGGCUACAAGAUCAGCAAAGGCAGAGAAAGCAGACGAAAGUGAAACAGCCUCAUCUGGUGGGAAGAGGAAGGCGGCAAAGGAGAGCUCGGAGUCACCUGAUUCUCCACAGUUCAGUCACUGGCUGAUGAAGUCUGAGCCCGACAGCCGCUUUGAGAAUGGCAUCGAUGUGAAGUUUGGGGUCGAGGAUCUGAAGGCUCUGCCCGAUCAGACCGGCUGCUGGGAUGGGGUCCGCAAUUAUCAGGCACGCAAUUUUAUGAGGCAGAUGAAAGAGGGGCAGUCGGCCUUCUUUUAUCACAGCAACUGUAAGGAACCGGGGAUUGCAGGAGUCAUGAAAAUUGUGAAGGAAGCUUAUGUGGACCACACUCAGUUUGACAGGAAAGAUGUCCAUUACGAUGCAGGCAGCAAACCAGACAACCCAAAGUGGAGCAUGGUCGACGUCCAGUAUCAAAGAAUGCUGAAGCGUUAUCUUCCUCUGUCUGAGCUCAAAAAAUACCACCUGCAGCAACGCGCCAAGGGGGGGCCUCUGAAAGACAUGGCUCUUUUUACAAGGGCCAGGCUCUCUGUGCAGCCCCUCACCACUGGUAGAGGAGUUUGACUUUGUCCUGAGUUUGGAGGACAAGGAGCCACUGUGAAACUGGAGCCUGGUUGACCAUCAGUCCAGUGUUUAUGCUAAUCAGUGUACAUUUUAUUUGUAUUUUCUUGUGUGUGUUUAUGUUCACAAGUAUUAUUAAAUGCGUUUUUUGUCUAA